AAUUAAAACGUCUCUGACAAUGUCCUGGCAUGUACUAGCGUAAAGUUGCAACCACGCCCUGGAAUCUGUCGGUUUCGUUCAUUACAGUAGCAUCAAUGGGAAAAAAGAAAGACAUGAUUCACCCGAGGUUUCUUAUCGGUGAUGGCGGUAUCGGACUACACGGCGGCGUCCACAAGCGGAAACACAAAAAGCACAAGAAGCACAAGAAGAAGCACCACAGGGACGACGGCCACGGCUUCUCCGAGGCUCUGGAGUCGGACUCCGGCAUGGUAGUCCGGCCCCCUCCCCAGCUCCGACCCCCUCCACAGCUCCGGCUCAAGAUCAAACUGGGAGGUCAGACACUGGGGACAAAGAGCGUGCCAACCUUCACCGUGCUUCCAGGGGUCGCCCGCCCUCCCUCUCCAUUGAUGAUCGUUGAUGAUGAUGACGAUGAUGACAACGACGAUGAGGAAGACGAGCCCUCCGAGGGGGUUCCUCUGGAGCAGUACAGGGCCUGGUUGGGUGAGUCCCAAGAUGAGGAUAGUAACCUGGCCCCGUCCCCCCUGCCAGACCUGGACUCAGACUCCAUGCUGGGGGGGCCGGUGGACGAGGAGGAGAAGUGGCUGGACGCCCUGGAGAAGGGCGAGCUGGACGACAACGGGGAGCUGAAGAAGGAGAUCGACGUGUCCCUGCUCACUGCCAGACAGAAAGCCCUUCUGCACAAGCAGCAGAGCCAGCCCCUCCUGGAGCUGCCCAUGGGCUACAAGGAGAAGGAGAUGACGGCCGAGAUGAUGGUGAAGAGGGAGGAACGCGCCCGUAAGAGGCGCCUGCAGGCCGCCAAGAAGGCCGAGGACAACAAGAACCAGACCAUCGAGAGGCUCACCAAGACCAGCAAGGCCAAGAUCAAGAGCAUGCGGGAACGCAAGUCCAAACAGGCCCAGUGCCCCAUGGUCCGCUACAGUGACUCUGCACAGGGGAUGGCCAUCUCCUUCCCCACCGGGGUGAGCACCCCAGCCACCCAGCCUCCUCGCCCACCGCCCCCAGCCCCAGCAGGGUGUGGGGUGGCUGGGUGCACCAACCUGAAGAGGUACUCUUGCUCCAAGACUGGGACUCCACUCUGCGGCCUGGAGUGCUAUAAGAAGAACAUGAUACUUGUGGAAAGCGUUGCUUGAACUAUGAAGACACUCUAGACCAGGGCUGCCCAACCCUGUCCCUGGAGAGACAGGGGAGAGCUAGGUUUUCCUUCCAGCCUUAAUCCAGCACACUUGAUUCAAAUCAUUAGCUGGUCGACAAGCUGAAUCAUGUUUGUUUACUACUGGGUUUGGAGUGUAAACCCACUGGAGGAUUAGUUUUCCAGGAGCAGGGUUGGACAGCCCAGUGAGGACUCUGCACUGCAGCAUGGAUUCAGCAGACUCUGAGCUCGAUUCAAGGACAGAAUGGAGGAGUUCUAUGAUUUUGUUUUUUGUCAGAUUAUAUACAGUAAAAAUACAAAAUGCUCUUGUCCCCCGUGUUCAAUGACGUUUCAUUUGCCUUUCUGGUGAGGAUCACAACCUAAUUAUGUGAGCCAAAUCAGUGUCUUGUCAGAGCAUGUCAAGGCCUGCUUAUUGAUCACAGCCUCGGUCCAAAGUCAAUGCACAGACAAAUUAUGAUGUAGAAGACUUAUCAUAGGACUGACAUACUUCUCUUAAAAUGAGAAUAUUUCUUUACCCAGUGGCACAAUGAUGUUGAUAUGAUCAACGUAACAUCAGUGUUCAAUAAAUUGUAAAAAAUAAAAAUAAUUUUCUUUUUAUUAACAGUC